CAACAAAUUUGCACAAAUUGUAGCAAAAAUUGCAAUUUGCAAUCAGUUUCUCUUGCGCGGCAGAGAAUUUGAGUUGUCCGUAGCCAUGUACAGCUGCCCUAAUCAGCUCGGCGCUUGUCAAUGUAGGGCGUGCAGGGGCAGAUGAGAGGCAUCUGGGCACAGUUCCACCGCUCUCUGCCUCAAUGUCGCUGCCAGGUGGAGACACACACUUCUUAACUACGCGCUCCAGACGCAGAAAGCGCCCGAAACGGAGUUGGCGUUUUCCACCUCCAGGAAACCAACGCGAUGGACGACGACGCCAUGACGUCGCUGCUCUUCGAGGGCCAAGGUCGCGCCAUUUCGGCCGCCACGUCGGCUCGCUCCGAGGCUUCUACAGCGCCAUCGUCGCUCAACUCGAUGGACCAGGCGGCUAUGCGGACGCUGCCCAAUGCAAACAAAGUGUUGGCCUUCCUGCACUCGAUCUUCGGACUCUGCCAGCAGGUGCGGGACCGACCUCGAGCCUGUUUGCAAGCCCAUGCAAGACUGCACCAAGCCUUCUUGAGGAUCGCCAGUGCUGCCAAGCACGGGUCUCUACCCGUGAGUUUCCGACUGUCACACUUCAUCGUGCUGCUCAAUCAGCUCAAAGCUGUGCUGGAUCAACACUUGAAGCUCCCCAACCUCGUGGCAAAAGUUGCAGCCAGUCGACGGCUGUUGUCCGGACUGGCAAGAGUGCACCAUGAGCUGAACGUGGUGCUAGUGGACAAUUCUCUGGCUAGUGCCACCAGCUCACUGCUCGAGUGGAAACAGCAAUUUGCAUCCAACCGAUUGCAAGACGAGAAGACACUGCACGACACCCUCAUGGCGCUAUUGUCGACACCAACUUUUGUCAAUAAGGAGUUCCCCAGUGAACGUCGGCAAGCGUUGGUGCUACUAGAAUUGGUCGCUGAAUUCGCAGCCAAUGACCCACCCAGAGGCCAUUCAUCCCAACUGGUGGAGACGCUUAAAAUGACCCACCGCCGCAUCUCCAAUUUGUGUGAUUUACAUCUGCGACGUGUGCCAAGGUGGUUUUUACCUGGGUGUGAAGUGGAUUUUUCCCUUACUGAACACACUAUCGGCCACUCGAGAGGGUCAUUUGGAUCGACACUUCAUCGUGGCGAGGCAUACAGAUACAACUACAAUAGUGAAGGCGCUCUCAGUAGCUCAACGUCCACUGUGGCAGUCAAGUGUCUGUGGGCGCUCCCUGACGUUCAGUAUCAGUUCGUAGAGCAGCUUUUCGCUCGAAGUGGAGUCUCUAAGUGGACGCGAGUUCGACAUCCGAAUGUCGUGACUGUACGCGGAGCUUCCCACGCUGCAACUCCGCCGUUUUUGGUACGAGACUUUACCACUUAUAGCGGUCUUACAUCCUACCUUGCAGCGCUGGAAACUCGGGCGAAACAAUGUGCUGGGCCAGAGAGUAGUGGCAAGAUGGAGACCUUGACAUGGCAACUGCUUUACGGUGCCAGCCGUGGCCUACUACAUCUCCACGAACAACAUAGUAUCGUACACGGAGGUCUACGCUGCAACAACAUUCUAGUUGAUAAGAAAGGGCGAGCUGUGAUCGCCGACUUCGGGCUCUACACAUUGGCGUGUGACGCUAGAGACUCGGGACUCACGGAAUAUUUCCAGCUGGAUGUAUUCGACGCAGACGCGGAAGAAUUGAUUCGAUGGCAAGCUCCCGAGUGUUUACGAGAGCAUGUGGCAUAUCGCGAGUCUUUACGAUCUCUAUCAGAGACUGGCUCGGCUUUGGUAUCAAGCGGUUCAAGUGCCUCGGCCACGUCGUUUGCCACUGAUGUGUAUGCCUUUGGCAUGUGCAUUUUGGAGGCGCUGACACGUACUGUGCCGUGGGCUGGCUUGGAUAUCGCCAAGAUCCGCACACUUAAGGGCAAUUUGAGUCUACUGCCUUCUCGUCCAAAGUACAUCUCGGCUCAGGCGUGGACGCUCAUUGAGAAGAUGUGUGCAGCCGAUCCGAAGCAGCGAAUUACGCUGAGUGAAGCUUCACAAGAGCUCAAGCGACUGGGUUACGGCAAGCGAGUGUUCAAUCGAUCACGCAACAGCAGCUCGAAGGAUCUAGAAGGGCUUGAGACUGAUGCAGCUUCUAAGGUAGAUCGAGUGUCUAAUGUAUUGGAGGAAGUAUCACAAAGACUCCAGCAUCUCAGCAACGAAAGCCGGUCUAGAGGUAGCAGUACAACGGACUUGAAGACGAUGGAAGCCGAAGCAGUUGCCAAAGUGGAGCACGUGUCCACGUCAUUGGGCGAAGUUUCUCAAGAACUCAAGGAGAUAUCGGAUCGUUCUCGCAACGGGAGUAGUGCAGACUUGGUGGAGAUUGAGGAACAGGCUUCGCAGAAACUGGUUUGUGUGUCUAGUCUGCUGAACAUUGCGUCCCAAGAGCUGAAGCGACUGGGUAUGGGUGAUAAAGCGAGUAGUGAGUCACGCAGCAGCAGCACUCAAGACUUGGUGGCCAUGGCGCAAGAAGCUCUGGCCAAGUUGACUCGGCUGUCCAGUGAAGACUCUAAUCGAGAUGAAGCAAGCGUAGAAUCCCGUCCAGAUCAAAGUUCUAACGGUGACAUUGAGCCGGUGUCGCCUACUGAUCCUCUUGCCAGUCCACCGUCAGUCAAAACUAUCGAAGGAGUCACUGCUGCGACGGAUUUGUCAGCUCCCAGUGACGCGUCUACCGUAGAGCAGACUGGUCGCCGAGUCAAGGACUCUGUAUCGGCUAGAAGACAACGAUACUCCGGUGCAGUCGCAUGGGAUCCUGCUCCAGUAAAUGAAGAGGGAUCAGGCGAUAACUGGAUGUCUGAAGAAGAGACGAAGGCAUCGGUACCUCGUUCUCGUGAAGUCGUACGCUCCCUCCAUGGCGCGCUUGUCGAAGACCAUGCAGACGAUCAAUUAACCAGCACGGAUGACAGUGCUGAGGCUUCUACUGCUCCUGAAAGUAUCAGCAACCGCUCUACUGACGAUCAGCCUGAGCAAGAAAUGGACAGCGACACUGGCAGCUUCAAAGACGCCAUUUCAGAGGAAGACAGCGCGGUUCUCUUGAGUGACGACGAUGCAGAAGGUGUGACCACAGGCGAGAGCUCGACGGAUGACGAAGCUUUGAUGAUCGUGCCGGCCGAGUUCCAGACAGCGCGCAGCUAUGAGGAAGAUGACGACCCCACGUCACCGCUUCAUCCAGUCAUCAGUCUUCUUGAAAGUCUCAGAACUGAUGAACCCGAUGAAGCUCGGUUUGUGGAGACAUUGGCGACUAUGAAGGAGGAUCUCGAGCUCUCAACUGCGUGGACUAUCGUGGAAAGAGAGGGACUUUUGACUCUCAUGGAGCUGGUGUGGAAGAAUUACUCUGAUGCAUGCACUCUGUGUGCUCUGGAAUUGUUACAGUCGAUUUCUGGGCUCAGUCCUGACUUCGUGAUAGUCUUGGUAGAGUCUAAACUUGUGAAGAUUCUCCUCGCUGUAGUCAAGCACCGAUCGUCUCCUCAACAAGUGGAUUUUGCUGCAUCAUUCCUUCUUGAGAUCAUCGCGGAGAAUGACGAAGCCAAGAGACAAUUGUGGAAAUGUCGAGGUGUCGGUGUAAUGGAAGACAGUCUCGUUCUAGACCGUCGACUGGUCCAAGAGGUAAAGAGCACAAUGGCAAAAUUCAAGCGCAGUGAAGGCUACAAGAGUCUCGAGGAUGGCGAAUAUCAUUUGGCAAUCGACAAGUUUACCGAAGCGAUUGCCUUGGAUCGCAAACGUGCUGGAUACUACGGAGACCGAAGUCUGGCUUACAUGGAGGCAUCGAUGUUCAAGAAAGCAGCGGACGACGCCUACCGCUGUAUGCGCUACAAUCCGUACGAUGUAACGGGAUAUCUCCGUCAUGGUUUGGCUCUCAAGGCUCUGGGCAAGUACAAGGAAGCGAUCGCAUCUUUGCGAAAGGGAACGGAGGUAGAUCCCAAGUUUACCAAGAUCCACGACGCUCUAGCCGAAGCUGAGAGGCUUUACAAAGCCAGACUGAAAGGAGGAGAUGGCACUGUGUUGCGUCGUAUGACGGCGUCCGAGUCUGCGAAACUGAAGAAGAAAGACGGCGACGAUGCACUAAGGAAGAAGGACUUUGCUCUUGCCAUCGAGUGCUACUCCGAAGCUCUCGAACUGGACCCGAAGAACGACUGGGUGUAUCUUCAUCGCAGUAUCGCCCACGCUGCUCGUGGAGACCACCCGAAGGCGAUAGAAGAUGCGUCUAGAUGCAUCCGAAUCAACUACCGACAGGUAGAAGGAUACUACCGUCUCGCCUUGGCGUUGCAUGCUGCUGGUCAACACGACCAGGCCUUGAGUACUCUGUAUCGCGGACAAGAAGUGGACCCUCGACACGCGGGUAUCACUCGCUUUAUAAGCCAACUGGAAGCAGAGGAAGCGAAGGCAGCAGGACUGCCACUCACCGAGUGGUUCAAGGAGAAAGGGUACAGGGCGUUCCAAUUGCGUUCGUACGAAGAUGCCAUCAAGUUUUACACCAAGGCGAUCGAUGCGUCCCAGUCUGAUGAUGACGACGUGGUCAUGCACUGCUACUUGUACCGGUCUCGAGCCAACCAGACACGAGGCGAGUUCACAGCAGUGAUCGCCGACUGUACGUAUGUACUGGAGCGUCGUCCGAAGAAUGUGUUUGCGAGGCUUCGACGAGCUGAUGCGUACGAGCAGCAACGUGACUUCCACAUGGCGCUGAAGGAUAUUCGGGAGUUGGUGGCGCUUAAUCCGGAGUACGAAGAUGCCCACGCAAGGCUUCGUUCUCUCGAGCAUCGAUGCAGACUCUUGCCUGGUGCUUCGGAGCAUAAGGGUGUCGUGGAGGUAGAUCUAUGAGUUUGAUACAAAAAAGGGUAGUAUUGUAUUGAGUACAUUACUUUUUGCAAAUGGGGA